UUCCUUCAAGCUGCCUUCACUUGCCUACAGUACAUGAUUUUCACAAAUAGUUGCUGCUGCCCUGCUGCAUAGAUCAAAUUUCGCAGCUGCUCCUGCUUUUGCUCUACUCUAAUCUGUAGUGUGGAUUAGAAACCAUAAGAAAAUCAGAGUAGACUAGGAGUCGGAGUAGCUAGCUUACAUGAAUAAGAUCAUCCUCAGGAACUCAUUUCCUGCUGCUAUGACUGACUGCAUUCUACUUUAUGAGAAUCGUAUCUUGGAAAAGGGGGGGAACCCAGGAAAGCAAGAACUAGAAGGGUAGAGUAAGGGCAUGAAAGAAGAAGAAGAAGAGAGAAGGAUGGGGGAGACUUUGCAGGGCAUGUUGAGGUGGGGGGCAGCCCUCGGAAUAUCAGACUCGUCUGCUCCGAUGACAACAUUAACACCACCACCUCAUAAUCUGUGUAUUGGCCAAACUCUUGCUGUCGCUUAUUUUCCUGAAGCAGGCGGAAGGGGUUUGGCUUCUGCUCGUGAUAUUAUAAAAGGAGAAUCGAUUCUCAGAGUCCCUAAAUCAGCCCUGCUCACCACUCAACAUCUUCUGCAGACUGAUCACUCUCUCUCUCUUGCUGUCCAUAAGCAUCCUUAUCUCUCCUCCUCUCAGCUACUAUGUGUCUGCUUGCUCUAUGAAAUGGGAAAAAGGCAGGAUUCAUUGUGGCACCCGUACUUGAGUAACUUGCCUCGCUACUAUGACACCCUUGCUACCUUCAAUCAGUUUGAGAUGCAGGCUUUCCAGGUGGAUGAUGCAAUUUGGGCAGCCGAAAGGGCCAAAUCUUGCGCUGAAUCUGAGUGGCAACAGGCUCAACUGCUCAUGCAAGAACUUAAGUUCAAGUCAGUCCUCCUGACUUUCAAGGCUUGGCUUUGGGCUUCUGCAACUAUAUCCUCGAGGACGUUGCAUGCGCCAUGGGAUGAAGCUGGGUGUUUAUGUCCUGUGGGGGAUUUAUUCAACUAUUCUGCACCUGGAGUAGAAUUGCAAGAUGGAGAGAACGCCACAUCUGUAAGGUCCAUGCAGUCUACCUCUUUGUGCAACUCAAGAACAGCAGAUGAGGCGGGAGCUGAGCAAUCAGCUACUUCUCUCCAGAGGCUAACUGAUGGCGGAUUCGAGGAAAAUCUAAAAGCGUAUUGCUUCUAUGCUAGGAAAAACUAUGAAAAAGGUGAACAGGUUCUUUUAAGCUAUGGAACUUACACAAAUCUGGAGCUCCUUGAGUAUUAUGGAUUUCUUCUUAAUGAAAAUCCUAAUGAUAAAGUAUACAUUCCAUUGGAAACUAGCAUAUAUUCAUCUAGUUCGUUUCCUAAAGAGUUAAUGUACAUUCAUCAAAAUGGGAAGCCUUCAUUUGCUCUACUUUGCACAUUGCGGCUAUGGGCAACCCCUCCAAACGAGCGGAGGUCUAUUGGACACCUUGCCUACGCAGGAGCUCAACUCUCUGCCAAAAAUGAGAUGAGUGUGAUGGGUUUGAUCCUAGAGAAGUCUAAUGCUAUUUUGAGGAAACUCCCCACAUCCAUCGAAGAAGACAACCAUAUUCUCUGCGGCAUUGACAAAAUUCAUGACUUUCACACUCUCAUGGAAGUCCACAAGUUGCUAUCAGAACUUGGAGGUGAUUCAUGUGCUUUUCUUGAGAGCACUGGUCUACGAGAGAGUUUGGCCAAUAAUCAAUUUUUGCCCUGCAAGAUUAGGAGGUCCUGGUACAGGUGGAAACUUGCUGUUCAAUGGAGGGUUAGGUACAAGAAAACCCUCCUAGAUUGCAUUUCUUACUGCACGAGAACAAUCUACUUUCUCCAAUCUAAAGGGACCAAUUGAGUUGAAGGUUGCAGGCGUGCACUGAGGAUUUUUGGCCCAACUGUUAGAAGUCUUUCAAAUUCUAUAUGCAGAUAAUUGGUACAAAAGGAGAACAAUCAACUUUCUCCAAUUAAUUUUUCAUGCUGCUCUGCUGAAAGGACACGGUGAUCUAUGUUGGUAAACUAACAUAAUAUAUGCAGGUAGUUGGUGCAAAAAGGUACGAAAGAAAUGUUUGUCUUUGAAUUAAUCCCGAUUUAACCUAAUUCAUAUUUCUAGUGGCUUCAGUCAAACUUGAUUUAUUUGUAAAUAGCUCAAAGAGUAGAGACAUAUUUCACUUGCUGAGCACAAAAAAUAUGGUGUCCAAAACAAAGAGGGAAAAGAGAAAAGCUUUGCAAUUUCUUGGCAACUUAAAUGUGUGCUGUGACAUUCUAUGCUAUUUAUAACUCCUGCAUUUACAUCUAUUCAUUCAUGUUUACUAUA